GCAACCCAGCUGCAAUUUCUAUGGAAUUUUUUUACAGUGAUAAAUACAUAAAGUUUACAACAUGAACAUGAAGUCCUCAAAAUUAACUUGAUUCUCGCUUUUUGAUUGGUAAAUUAAAUAAUAUUUUCCUAACUUCCCUAUUUUAAUUUGAUGUGUUAUUAGAACAUUUUUUAUAUAGGAAAGAAAGAAUAAAAAACACCAGGAAAGAAAUAUAUAUAUAUUUAAUUGUUAUUUGACAUAAUAUUUGUUUUUAUGCCCUUAAGUCCGUCAGCCCCUGCCCCUCUAUGCAUGCCAUUUGUAUGUUUCAAAACCACUUUUUAAUGCAAAUCAACGGUGUCAACUCAAAGAUUUAUUAGGGUGCACCAAGACAUUAAAUGGGUGUAUAAAACCAUCAAAACUGUUGCGCUGCUAUAGUGUAACUCCAGGAACAGAGUUGGAAAAUGUGCAUUUGAAAGAGGAUUAAAAUGCAAUUUAUUUCCUGACCUCAGCUUUUUUGUCAUACUGUAAAGUUUGGCAUCAUGUGGUGCAUUUGGACAUUCAGGACCAGGAUUUUAACUUGACUUCAGAUUGACCGGACAGCAAAGUCCAGAAACUCACAUAACCAGCCACACAAGAUGUCCCUGAACUACAGACCCAUCAUUGGUAUUUUAGCCCAGGAAAACUGGGAGGGUGACCCUAACGCGCAGGGAUCUUCUUAUAUUCAAGCAUCAUUUGUGAAACAUCUGGAGUCAGCUGGUGCCAGAGUUGUGCCAAUCCACAUAAAUCAAACAAAGGAGGAAUAUGUAAAACUCUUCAACUCGAUAAACGGGUUGUCGCUGCCUGGUGGGAACGUGAACAUGGAGAAGUCCCAGUGUGCAAGAACGACGAAGAUUUUCUAUGACCUUGCGAUAAAAGCGAAUGAUGCUUCAGAUUAUUUUCCGAUCAUUGGAACUUGUCAGGGUUUUCAGCAGCUCACAAUCCUGACCAGCAACAAGAACCUGCUGACACCGACCGACACCAAAGCCGUCGCUUUACCUCUGAUCUUCACUCCAGGAUCACACAACAGCAGGAUGUUCAAAAGGUUUCCAAAAGAUCUCAUUCAGUCUUUAGCAGAAGAAAACAUGACAUCUAAUUUCCAUAUUUUGAGUUUGUCACUACAGAAUUACAACAGCAAUGCCAAACUGAAGAAUUUCUAUAGAGUCUUAACCACCAGUUCAGAUGGCAAGACGGAGUUCGUUUCUACAAUGGAGGCGUAUCGCUAUCCAUUCUACGGUGUACAGUGGCAUCCAGAAAAAAGUCCAUAUGAGUGGAUUGAGAAACCCGGUAUGGUUCACACGCUCACGGCCAUGAAAGUCUCUUUCUACACCGCACACUUCUUCGUCUCUGAAGCAAUGAAAAACCAUCAUCGCUUUCCUUCGCAAACUGAAGAAGAGAAAGCUCUUAUUUACAACUAUCAGCCGGUCUUCAACGGCCUUAAAAGCAUCUUCAUGCAGAAUUAUUACUUUGAAUAAUAAGCGUCAAUACCCACAAUAUUCAUCAUGACCCCAAAGUCAAUGGUAAAAAAUAUAUAUAUUUUAAGAGAUGUGACCACACACUACAGAGUUUUUAAAGAUUAAUGAUUACGCUCCUAUUUAUUCACGUCAUGCCCUGAUGUUAAAAAUCUGAAUGAUUUAUAUGUGAAAACAAUUGACUAAAUGACUAAAUGAAUCUGGUAAUGUUAAAGAAAGACAUAUGUGAAAACAAUAUCCACCUGUAGUAGACAGAACAGUACAUUUUCUGUGUUACAAUAAACGCCAGUUUACAGUCAUGUUUUUUGCUUUGUACAUUUUAGGAAAAUAUGAUAAAUUGUGCUCUAGUUUUA